AUAUUAUCUCAGAAGGCUCCUUCAAAAACAGAUACAUUAUCUGAAGAGUUCAGCAAUGAUUCCAUUGUAUGUAAUUGCUUUGCUUUCAACACCAUUAGGGGCCACAGUAAAUGAAGACAUUAUCUCUCUAGAAAGGCUGAAGUUCAUUCAUCUUGGGGAUAAAAUUAAUCUGACUUGUUCGUUUUCAUCCAUUGAUGCAUCAGCGGCUGCCUGGUUCAAAGAGACUCCAGGAGAAAAGCCCCUUCUUAUUGCUACUGCUUUUCGCUCUACACCUGUAGCCUUUCAUAAUGGCUUUAAUAAGAACGGCCGCUAUAGAGCAAUAAGAGAACGCAGCAGUUUUAUUCUGAAUAUCUUAGACGCAGAACCAUCAGAUUCAGCAACAUACUACUGUGCAGUUGUGGAUUAUUCAAACCUUGGAUUAGGAGCUUGCACAGUUUUAGUCCUUAAAGGCAGAUUUUCUGUUCUCCAGCCUCCUGUAUCAGAUCCUGUUGAACUGGGAGGAGAUACAACUUUGCAGUGUUCAAUACUCACAGAUGCGUCUGCAGGAGAUCACAGUGUGUACUGGUUCAGACAUGGAUCAGGAGAAUCCCAUCCAGGAAUCAUUUACACUCAUGGAAACAGGAGUGAUGAGUGUAAGAAAAGCUCUGAGACUGAUUCUCCUACACAGAGCUGCGUCUACAAACUCCCCAAGAGAAACCUCAGUCUCUCUGAUGCUGGAACUUACUACUGUGCUGUGCUCAUGUGUGGAGAGAUCAUCAUUGGAGACGGAACUAAACUGGGCUUUACAGAGAACAGUGUUUUAGACCCAACCAUUAUUGUUUUAGCGGCUUCAAAUAUCAUCUCCAUGGCUGUGAUUUUAUUUCUAUGCCGAAAAUUACACAACACUCAUCAUAAAGCUGCUGCUGAAGGUCACACAUUUCGAGCAAAUCAGGCUGAAGACACCGACGUCUUGAACUAUGCAGCUCUAAGCUUUGCUCAGUCUUCCUCCUCAAGAAGAAGCAGAACAAAGAACAGCAGUGAUCAGCCUGUGUAUGCACAGGUAAAGACCCAUCAGUAGAAACAACAUCAGAGUUACAAUCAAACCUGGAAAUCUACUGUCAUCAUAACUACACUGUAAGCAGUGUUCAUUUGUCACAGAUUCAUGUAGAAAAUCAUUAAUAUUAUAAAUCACUGUACCUCCCCUUGUCAAA